AUGGCUCCCAUCGAUAUCGGUGUUUUCAUACCCAUUGGUAACAAUGGCUGGCUUAUCUCAACCACCUCUCCACAGUAUAUGCCCAGCUUCGAGCUGAACAAGCAGAUUGUGACUAAAGCGGAGAAAUACAACUUUGACUUCGCCCUGUCGAUGAUCAAACUGCGUGGAUUUGGCGGAAAAUCAGAGUUCUGGGACCACAACCUGGAGUCUUUCACAUUGAUGUCGGCGCUCGCCGCCGUCACCACCAAGAUAAAGCUUUUCGCCUCAACAGCUGUUCUCACACUGCCACCAGCGCUGGUCGCACGUAUGGCGUCAACCAUCGACAGUGUUGCCCCUGGUCGUUUCGGUAUCAACAUUGUCACUGGGUGGCAAUCUGCCGAGUACACUCAGAUGAACUUGUGGCCGGGCGAUGCUUAUUUCGGUUACCGGUAUGACUACGCAACAGAGUACGUGCAGGUUAUGAAGGAUCUCUGGGACCAGGGAGUGUCGAACUUCAAGGGCAAGCACUUCACCAUGGAGGACUGCAAGCUCUCACCGCAACCCGCGAACCCCAUCAAGAUCGUUGCUGCUGGUCAGUCUGGCCGCGGCGUGGAGUUCGCUUCCAACUACGCCGAUUUCAACUUUGCCAUGGGAACCGGCAUUAACACACCCAAGGCCUACGGUGACGCCACCACUCGCCUGGUGGAGGCAGCUGAGAAGACUGGCCGAGAUGUCGGCUCGUACGUCCUCUUCAUGGUCAUUGCCGACGAGACAGAUGAGAAGGCCCAGGCCAAGUGGAAGCUGUACAACGACGGCGUCGAUAACGAUGCUCUGUCGUGGAUGACCAAGCAGAGUUCUAAGGACACCAACGCCGAUGCGAACUCCACUGCCAAGAACAUCGCCUUGCCUGAAGGUGCCGUGAACCUGAAUAUGGGAACCCUCGUCGGCUCUUACGAGAAGGUAGCCGGCAUGCUUGACGAGGCGGCGUCGAUUCCCGGCACCAAGGGUAUAAUGUUGACUUUCGAUGACUUUUUGGGCGGCCUGGAUGCAUUCGGUGAGAAGAUCCAGCCGCUUAUGAAGAGCAGAGAGGGCAAGAUCUAA